UCCGCCCCCGCCCGCGGAGCCGGAAGUGGACCGGGCUGCGGGGAGCUGCGGGCGCCGCGGAGCCGGGGCCGAGCGGGCGGGACCGACCCCGGCGGCGGCGGAGGCUGCCCCCGCGAAUGCCUGGCAGUACCUUGUGGGGCUCCUGUGUUUUAAACCGAGUUUUGUGAGCACCUUUCAUCUUCAGCUGGAAAGAAAGAUGUGGAAAGCGUCGGCGGGCCACGCCGUGUCCAUCGCCCAGGACGAUGGGGGAGCUGACGACUGGGAGACCGACCCCGACUUUGUGAACGAUGUAAGCGAAAAAGAACAGAGAUGGGGGGCCAAGACCGUGAAGGGGUCCGGGCACCAGGAGCACAUCAACAUACACAAGCUGCGAGAGAAUGUUUUCCAAGAACACCAGUCCCUCAAGGAGAAGGAACUCGAAACAGGGCCAAAAGCCUCCCAUGGCUAUGGAGGGAAGUUCGGCGUGGAACAGGACCGGAUGGACAAGUCGGCCGUCGGCCACGAGUACCAGUCGAAGCUUUCCAAGCACUGCUCACAGGUCGACUCCGUCCGGGGGUUCGGAGGCAAGUUCGGCGUCCAGGUGGACAGAGUUGACCAGUCCGCUGUAGGCUUCGAGUACCAGGGCAAGACCGAGAAACACGCCUCACAGAAAGACUACUCGAGUGGCUUCGGUGGCAAGUACGGCGUGCAGGCCGACCGGGUGGACAAGAGCGCGGUGGGAUUCGACUACCAGGGCAAGACUGAGAAGCACGAGUCGCAGAAAGAUUACUCCAGGGGUUUCGGCGGCAAGUACGGGAUCGACAAGGACAAGGUGGACAAGAGUGCGGUCGGUUUUGAGUAUCAAGGCAAAACGGAGAAGCACGAGUCCCAAACAGACUACGUGAAAGGGUUUGGAGGAAAAUUUGGUGUCCAGACAGACCGACAAGACAAAUGUGCCCUGGGCUGGGGUCACCAGGAGAGGCUGCAGCUGCAUGGAUCCCAGAAAGAUUAUAAGACUGGUUUCGGAGGCAGAUUUGGUGUUCAGUCCGAGAGGCAGGACUCCUGUGCUGUGGGGUUUGAUUACCAGGAGAGACUGGCCAAGCACGAGUCCCAGCAAGACUACGCCAAAGGAUUCGGUGGAAAAUACGGGGUGCAGAAGGACCGGAUGGAUAAGAAUGCUUCCACCUUUGAGGAUGUUUCCAAGGUGGCCUCCGCUUACCAGAAGACCGUCCCUGUUGAAGCAGCGAACAGCAAAGCAAGCCACAUCAGAGCCAACUUCGAAAACCUCGCGAAGGAGAGAGAGCAGGGGGGCAGGCGGAAGGCGGAGGCGGAGCGAGCCCAGCGGACAGCAAAGGGGCAGCAGGGGCAGCAGGGGCAGCAGGCGGCGCACGGACAGCUGGACGAACAAGCCAGAGCCCCGGAGCCUCCCGCCCCUGCGUCCCCCACAGCCCCGCCGGCCCGGGAGCAGCCGCCUUCAGGCCCUGUCUGUGAGGUUGGUGUCUUCACUCAGUUUGCAGAUGAGUCUGAUGCGGAGACAGCCUUCCCUCAUCUGCACUGGGAAUGCAGAGGAGACCCCUCGCCGCUCUGCUUGGUGGCGUCCGAGAGGGAGGCCUGGAGAGCAGCCUCCCUGAGCGCUGGGCGGCCUCAGGACUUGGUGCUGUUUGGGGCCGAGCCAAGCCGGGGAGGCCCUGUGAGUGGGCCUGAGCCCGAGCCCGAGCCCGAGCCCGAGCCCGUGUACAGCGUGGAGGCCGGCAGUCCCCAGGAGGCCAGCAGCCAGCAGGGCCUGGCCCACGCUCUGGAGUCCGUUCAUGAAGGCACAGACACCCCAGGCCACUAUCCAGCAGAGGAAAACACCUAUGAUGAGUAUGAAAAUGACCUCGGGAUCACAGCCAUCGCCCUCUAUGACUACCAGGCUGCGGGUGAUGAUGAAAUCUCCUUCGACCCGGAUGACAUCAUCACCAACAUUGAAAUGAUAGAUGACGGCUGGUGGCGCGGGCUCUGCAAGGGCAGGUACGGGCUCUUCCCGGCCAACUACGUGGAGCUGCGGCAGUAACUCCGGCCCCGCCCGCCCGCCCUGCCUUCUGUGCCUGCUCAGGCCCGGGGCCGCACAUCCUGCUUUACAUUUUAAGCUUCUGCUCAUGCCUGGGAAAUGUUUAUGCCACAGAAUUUGCUAAUAUAUUGCGGUCAUGUUUCUUAGGAGGACUUGGGUAAUUAUUUUUAUGCGUUUAAGGUAUUUCCUUUCUUGCCAAAUUGAUGUCACGCUGAGCCACUUCAGGGACUUGUAGUUCUCUUGGCGUGUUGUCCUUGCCCCUCUGUCAUCAGUCAGGACCCCAUGACCAGCACGAAGAUCGCUCCCUCCUUUGUGGGCCGCUUGGGCGGUGUGGGGGCACUGGCCUGCAGUCACUGCCCCAAGGCCUCCAUUUGGAGGAAGUGGGAGGGCCUGGCGGGAAGUCAGACUCAGAAACGGCUGGAGUUCGGGUAGCUUAGCAUCAUGUGGGGCAGCCUUGCAUUCAUGGCAUUUGACAGGUUUUCCCAAAGACCCGGUCCCUCUGCCAGGCCGCCUCCUCAUCUGCCCCGACGCUGUGCCCUCCUCCCGCCCCCAGCACUCAGUGUCCUUUCAGAUUGCCCGCCCCGCCCUGGCCUGCGCAGUCCAGCUGUCUGUUCUGUGGGAGGGCAGGUGCCUUCUCUGUCACAGACUGCCUAAAACGUUCUGCCCAUCGAAGUCAUGCGCUUUUUUGCCAAAAUAUGUCAAAGGACAGUAAUGCUUGAUUGAGUGACUUGGCUACAAACACGAAGUGAACCAGAGGGAGGGCUCUGACCCAGAUGCCCCUGUGGAGGCCACGUGAGGCGCGUUGCCUUCCCGAGAGACCAGCAGCCCAGCGACGCCUGCCCGUGGUCGGGCAGUGUCCAAGGGGGCACAUGGCAUGGCCUUGGGUGCUUGGGGCGUUCAUGACAAGGGGCGUGGCCUCUUCCCUGAAGUGCGUCUGCGGGAUCCUUGCUUUACCACAGUUAGGUCGGGUUUUAUAUGCAAUUACUGUAUCUAAAUUUCUGUAGCACAUCUCAUAGGUAUGAUUUUUUUAAAUUAAAUAUUCAAAUAAACCUUUUUUUGAUCCA